UCUGACCCAGACUGUCAGGCCUGGCUUCCAGCUGCUCAAUCCUGGGGCCCUAGGAGCGACCAGAGAGGAGAAAGGGCUGGCGGCAUCAGAGACUUUGACCAACCCCCCCCGCUAUUUGCCAUCAGGUGAAACAGUAAUUGAUCUUUGUCCUCCGGGUCAGACUGCAAAUACAGAGAAGGACAACUUUAUUUAAACAGCAGUUGGGCGUCCCCUCAUUUAUGCCAAGUGCUACUCUGGUUCCAUUCAGGCAACUGAAGGCUCCCCCCAGGCCGCCACCAAAAUGUCUUCCCUGGAAGGCGUCUUGCGACAGGACUGGAAGAUGUUUCGCGGAUACCCCAUGGUCCUACCAUUUGCAUCCAACUGGGAAAGGAUCGAGCAGUUCCAAGUCAGGCCUGAUGACAUCGUGAUCGCCACUUACCCCAAGUCUGGGACCACUUGGCUGAGUGAAAUCGUGGAUAUGGUUCUGAACAAGGGUGAUGUGGAGAAAUGCGAGCGGGACUUCAUAACCAACAAGGUGCCAAUGCUGGAGCUAUUGGCUCCAGGACAGCGGAUCACUGGAACAGAUCUGCUGGAUAAGGCACCAUCACCCCGGCUGGUGAAGACUCACCUACCCAUUGAUCUACUUCCCACGUCUUUCUGGACCAACAGAUGCAAGAUGUUCUAUCUGGCACGGAAUGCCAAGGACGUAGCCACCUCAUAUUACCAUUUCCACCAAAUGAACAAGUUACUUCCUCUCCCAGGACCUUGGGAAGAGUUCCUGGAGAAGUUUAUGGCUGGAAAAGUGGCCUACGGUUCCUGGCACGAUCACGUGAAGAGCUGGUGGGAAAGAAAGAAGGACUAUCCUCUACUUUACCUGUUCUAUGAGGACCUGAAAGAGGAUCCAAAGAGGGAAAUUCGGAAGGUGAUGCAGUUUUUGGGACAGGAUCUGGAUGAGUCAGUCCUCGAUAAGAUCACUCGGCACACCUCAUUUGAAGCGGUGAAGGAUAACCCGCUCCUGAAUUUUACAAAUCUUGCAAUAAUGGAUCACAACAUCACCCCUUUCAUGCGCAAAGGGAUGGUCGGGGACUGGAAAAAUCACUUCACCGUGGCCCAGAAUGAGGUGUUUGAUGCUGAUUACCAGAAGAAAAUGGCAGGAACCACACUGAAGUUCCGAUCAGAGAUCUGAGGGGCCGGGGGCUCCGAGCAGUGGUUGGCAGCUGGGAGACCCCCAUCCACUAAACCUGGCCUAGCCCUCCAGCCAAAGGAAGGGUGGAUCAUUCCAGAAUUCCCGGGGCUAAGGGGAACCUGCUGUGGAAGCUGGGGGAGAAUGCCCCCCACCCCCCCUCAAAUACGGACCUGGGGCUAGGUGAUGGACUCCUUGCCAAGGCCCAGUAGGUUUGUGCCCAUCGUGUCUGUGCAUUUAUGCACUUACUUGACUCUGGGUGUGGUGUUUCUGUUUGUGCAGCUGUGGCCAUCUUGUAUGUCCGAUACUCAAUAUAAUAAUAAUAAUAAUGUUGGUAUUUGUUCACUCAUUCAU